UGAUUGAUUGGGACAACACGUUGUUGGCUUUUGGCGCAUGGGUGUGAUUCACAACAGUACUCGUACCCCUCUAUGCCCCUCAGCUCAUUAUAUAAGAAAAGUGGAGGAGAUAUCUGACAGUCUACAACCUUUGAAUUGACAUACCUUUUUGCUUCUCCACGAAAUACAACUUCUUGUCCAAUCUCCGUCCCAAGAGUCGCCAUAUUGUACAAGAGACUUGCCUUGGAUCAGAUAUCUAGGUGGAAUCAGAGGACGAUACUUGCCCGAUACUGAAAUUGGCUUACGGGCUCUCAACUGCUUGGCUUGGUAUCUUGUGCAGAUAUUGUACUGGACAGGUGUACAAGAUGAAGUCAUAUCUGGAUCUGAUCAAGGAAUGUGAUGCGUAAGUUGAGAAUUUUUGGUUUGGAUAUUUGUGCAUUUUCCAACGUUGAACUCAUCAGCUAGGCAGCUCUUGGUAUAUAUAAUAUUGAUAUGAUUCAAUCUCCACAUGUUUCUAACAGACUUUCUAUCUACAACUUCCUUGAAUUCCAAGGGCGAUGUCUGCACAUCUAUACCCUUCCUUAUCAAACUGCUCUUCUCAAGAUACAUGUAUUAACACAACCACAGAUUUCCCUACCCUGGAACUCCCGAACACAACACCCUCAUCUCAACACUCUGGACCCUAACAACCACCUCACCAAACCAUGCUGACCCCAUUCCCGUGGGCUACCUCCUGGAACCCCUCGCCAAAAAGCUCAUCGAAGCCCUCACCGCAACCGAGAGCAAGAACGACCCCUCCAACCCUCCCACAGGCACCCCAGAAUUCGAAAUCAACACCUCAACCCGCACCAUAAAAGCCUUCACCCAGCCCACCGAAAGCUUGCGUUCCGCCGCCGUCGCAAAGAUCCUAAGAACAUGGGGUGACCACCAAACCUUCUCCGUCCUCUCUGGCUGGCGCAACGAGCUCUACCCCAUCUACGGACCCAACAACGAGUUACUAUUUACCAUGGAGCGCAGCGCCAGUCCCUUAUUCGGGAUCAACACCUAUGGCGUACACAUGACAUGCUACACCCCAAUUAGCGACCACGAAAAAACCACAUCCGGCUCAGCGUUCGAUUUCAAACUCUGGAUCCCGCGCCGGAGCAGGACGAAACAGACGUAUGGAGGGAUGCUCGACAACACCGUCGCAGGGGGAAUUUCCUCUGGCGAAAACCCCUUUGAAAGCAUCAUUCGCGAAGCCGACGAGGAGGCCUCGCUGCCUUCUGAGCUGGUUCGCGCGAAUAUCCAGCCAAAACGGACGGUUUCUUAUAUCCAUGUCCGUACCGCGGCGGCGGGUGGGGAAACGGGCCUCAUCAUGCCAGAGAUACAAUAUAUCUAUGACCUGGAGUUACCGAACGAUUUCAUCCCAAAGAUCAAGGACGGCGAGGUGGAGGCGUUUUAUUGUUGGACGGUUGAGGAGACCAUCGGGCAUUUGGUGAGGGGAGCGUUUAAACCGAAUUGUGCGCUUUGCUUGGUGGAUUUCUUUAUGCGGAGGGGGGUUUUGACGAGAGUUGAGGAGGGAGAGGGGCAGUGGGAGGUGAUGGAGAGGGGGUGUCAUAGGAUUUUACCGUUUGCUGUUUGGGCUGCUUCUGGGGAGAGUGAGAGUUGA